UUUUUUUUUUAAGUAAAACAUUAACAAUGGACAUACCUCCUAAUCAAACAAUUUAUAUAAACAAUUUAAAUGAAAAAGUUAAGAAAGAAGAAUUAAAGAAAGCUCUAUAUGCUAUUUUUACGCAAUUUGGCAGUAUCUUGGAUGUUGUUGCUAUGAAGACAUUAAAAAUGCGUGGUCAAGCAUUUGUAGUUUUUAAAGACAUACCAAGUGCAACUAAUGCUUUACGUUCAAUGCAAGGUUUUCCAUUUUAUGAUAAGCCAAUGAGGAUAGCUUACUGCCGCUCUAAAUCAGAUGCUGUAGCAAAGUUGGAAAAUACAUUUGUUCCACGCGAUAAAAAACUAAAAAGAAAAGUUGAUGAAACCAAGAAGAAACCAGCGAAGCAAUUGAGACAGAGUGUACCUAUUAUUCCACAAUCUAUGCCAGGACAUAUGCAAAUGCAAAUGCCUGAAAUUCCUAACCAGAUUCUUUUUCUUUCUGAGCUGCCUGAUGAAACAACUGAAAUUAUGUUAGCUAUGCUUUUUCAACAAUUUGAUGGCUACAAAGAGGUUCGGUUAGUACCCGGUCGACACGAUAUCGCUUUUGUUGAGUUUGAAGAAGCAGAAAAGGCUAGAAUUGCCAAAGAUACAUUAAAUGGUUUCAAAAUUACACCAACACAUGCAAUGAAAAUAACAUUUGCUCGAAAAUAAUUUUUUUUAAUGAAGAAGCUUUUUCGCUAGUUGAGUUGCACCUUAUUCAAGUGAAAAAAAUGUAAAUACUUUCAUAAAGCUGUUGCUUGAUUAUCUAAAACAUUUAUGUUAGUUGUUAGAUGACAUAAUAAAUUGUCUCUGACGUCAACUGACUUUAAAAAUUUAAUGUUGUUGACGUCAAUUAAUAUAAAAAAAAUGUGUUUUGUUUGAUUGUAGCAUUGCACCUAGCUUCAACGACAACACUUGACUUUUACUUGACACAUUUAUUUUCAGGUGAACAUAACUGAUGUUGUAUUCUAACUAUUCUGUCGUAUGCGGAUAUUUCUAUACAGAUUAAAGAAAAGAUGAGCACAAUCGAAAA